AUGUUCCGCAGAAAGAGGAGCGCUUCUCAACACCACCAUCCGCUCUCGACCUACUCCACUCAAUCCGCGCAGUCCGCUGCGACACAUGCCUUUCUCAAAUCCAAACCCUCGUCGAGUAGCCUUUCCUCCGCCGCAGCGGCUGCAGCCCUGCGCAGUUCGACGCCUACUCCGAUCUCUGUCGAAAAUGUCCAGACCAAGCGGAUGCUCCAGCGACAGGCGUCAGUCUCGUCGCAGCUUGGGCGCUCCCCCAGCUCUCGCCCGGCGAGUCGGAAUAGCUUGCGUCGCGCCAACAGCUCUGGCUCGAUGAGCGCCCGAACAUUUCGAGAUCAGUCGCCUCGCCGACCAUCCUCCAGUUACGCGCCUGCAGCUGUUGCGCCCCCUCUUCCGUUGAUUCCGCCGAAAUUUGCUUCACGGAGGAGCCAAACUCGACGUUCAGUUAGCUUGGGCCCAGAGAUCUGGUUAUCGCAGUCGGCGGUGCAUGGGACGGAGCGUGCGAUCGGCGCCGGCCAGGGAAUCGAUGAGCCUGGUAGCCCUCAGUCUGUCCAUGGCUUCGGAAGGGAUACGGCUUCUCCAGAACACCAAAGGUCAGGGAGCAGGAAUUCGAUCAAUUUCUCCUAUCCGAUGAAUUCCCGCACCAACUCCCCAACCUUGCCCCCCGGAGUUUCCGAUCGACGAGAUUCGGCGAUCGUCGCAACCCGAACAGGCCAUACCCCGUCUCCGAAUAUCCCCCCUUCUAAGGACUCCGUCGCCCAGUCAAACCCCAAAUCUACUCGACAACCAUCUCGAGGGACAACCCCAGGCAGCCCUGGGCGCAGCCCUCGCCCUGUUGGAACUGCUGUUCUAGCUGCGCAAGUUGCCUCUCGACAUGAUGAGCCUAACACUUCACCCGCUACUUCUCCCCGUGGGGUACGUUAUCGGGAUCAGACGGCUUUCGAACGAUCUCCUAGCCAGAGCCCUGCGUCUGUAGACCGUCGAUCGCGCCAUACCCAAAGCUUGGUCAAACGCCCAUCCACGGUUGUGGAAAACCGCCAGGCUGAGGAGAAUCAAGAACUAAAGUCCCCCAGGGAACAUGAAGAACAUGUACCUAUUAUGAAAAGCUUUCCGGAGGAACCUCCCAGGGCGAAAACGCCGCCUAUCCUUGAGGGUCCACCAGAGUUAUUACAAACGCCUCCCGUUAGCCCCUCGGAAUCGAACCUUUCGGUCGACCUGGACCAGCCAGCUCAUCUGCGUCACUCGAACAGUCCAGGAAGAAUGACUCGCUUUUCCACCCAACUCUCCGUGAUGAAUUUCGCUGGUGAACACUUGCACCAGCCUCCUGCUCGGUCGGUGUCUCCAGCGAAGUCUGCCCUGAAGAAUCCAAGGAAAAGCUCCCUCUCUCCCGACGGUCGAAUCUAUGGGAUUUUGCGGCCCGGUCCGCCCCUGAGUGAGAUCUCCGACGCAACAUCCGUCGCAUCUGAUGACGGGGCACGACCGAACUACCGAAGGAGACCUGUCAAGGUCAGUUUUGAUGAUGAAGCGGAGGUCGUUGGAAUCGCUGCAAGUCCACCAACAUCGCCAGAGGAUGUCGUUCCCGAGCCACCUUCUGGAAAGUCCAAAGAAAAAGCGGCGUGGUUUGGUCUCGAUAAAAGAAAGUCUCAUCCCUUGCGUUCAGUCGAAGUAGAUGAGUUUGAUGGAGUUCUGAAGCCUUGCCCAGCUCUCCCAUCUUUUGGCAGCAUUCGAGGCGGUAGGGAUAGUGCACAGCGAGAGAUAAUCCACCGGGAUCUAAGUGACAACGAGUCGACUGCCUCGUCUGAGUUGAACAUGGGAGUUCCAAGUUGGUCUUUCUCGAGUGACCAUACCUUGGGAAAUAUCAUCCCUCGCGCAACGCCAGAUGGCCUUCAACAACAACAACAACAAGACCGUGUUGACAACACACAGCCACCUGCUCAUGCGGAACCGAUUUUUUUGACGGAAGCUUAUGUCGAGAGUCAAAAGGAAAAUAUUCCGGUAGGGAAACCAGCCCUGCAGGCUUUACACGUCCACAAAACGCUGGAAUCGUCAUCGUUGGAGGUCCGGUCUGAGCAACACCACGUGCUUCCCUCCAAUUCAAAUUUGGCUGUGCCAAACAUUAUGGUUCAACCGGCCACGCCACAACUUGAAAAGGGACGACUGAGCCUUGAGAUCUAUGAUGUUCCAGGCGGCUUCCCGCGGUCAUCUAUAGAUUUUGAGUCUCAAAAGAACAACGGGAGACGGCCUUACGGAAGUACGAAAGGAGACUCUACUGCGGGUGUUGAUCAUGGGGAUAGUGAUGAUGAAUCGAGUGAGAGUAUCUACAGCGAUGCAGAGGAAGAUUUGAAAGGCGAUGGAUUCGGCUCUAUCAAUGCUAUUCUGGGCCCCGAAACAGCUCCCCCCCAAUCGGCGGAAUCAGAGCAUGAAUUCGCAGCUCACCCCCCGGCCGAAAUUGAAGCGAAAAAGCUCGAACAGAAGGCUCCAGGAUCUGAAAUUCCAGAGACCUGCCGAAUCGCACAGGUGGUAACCCCCGUGCCCAGAGUCUCCAGUCCUCCAGCCCCCAACUCUCCAGAUUCCUCAGAUGAGCCCCUUCCAUUUUCUUCGCCGUAUCCCCCGUUUCCCAUCCGGCCCAGAGCGAAGAAGAACUCGCAGGGGAUGCCCCGUUCCUCAACAAUGCCAGUCAAUUCCACCAAGGGCCCAAUGGCAGUAGAGAUCCAUACCAUCGCCAAGGUGCGGGAUCCGGCUCAAUUUCAGGGAAGGAACCCACAGUCUUCUAGGGCCGAGGCAGAUGCCUCUCAACUGCCUCAGGGUCCCGGACAGAACAAGGAACGACCAGCCUCUUGGGCCGGAGCCCUCCGAAAUGGAGGUUCAUACCCAACCGGCGGUGAACAGGAUAUGGACACGAGAAGCGCUCGCAAACCCCGAAGACAGCUUUCGAACGGCAGCGACUCAUCGAGUAGCUUCAAACGAUCCGCCCGUCCUGCUAAAGGGGAUGGUAUGCGCUGGACUCUGCGAGGAGGUCAACCAAGUAACCGAACGUCAGCUUCCCCUACCGAAACCAGAACCUUCUCUUCAGGAAUGGGCGGCGCAGGCACAGGGAACAUGCGCAGCACACUGCGUGGUAGUGUGCAUCGACGUGACAAGUCAUCAUUCUUCUCUACGGGCAAGUCCCCAAAGGGGAAGUUUGCCAAAGACACCAGAAUCCCAUUUACCUCCCGAUUCCCUGACUCAGAGUCAGAUUCGGAUGGCGGGGGAUUCCAGGCUCGAAGACUUCAUCGACGCAAGAAUACAAUGAGUGACGAUGAUAUGCGUCCUGUUCGAGGUAUUCCACGCCGUAGAGGCGCCCAUGAUGGGGACUCGACUGAGCUAGAAGAUAGCUCAGAUGGCGAACGGCAUAUAUCUGCAAGGCCUAGAGCGGAUGCACGUCAGCCCAACCGCACCGGCACCGUUCGAGACCCUGCCCUGGCUGCAGUGGCUAAAUCGCGCGGCAUGACUGAGGAGGAGCUGGAGGACUUGCUUAAGCGCGGCAGCCCACGCAAGCCGGGACUGCUCCACCGUUUCAGUAUGAAAAAAUCCAAGCCACCAGGCGAACGCGGGAAACUCCAGUUUGAUGAGUCUCAGAGCGGUACAAUUCCGGAGCAGCAUGCCGUGAUGGAUGGAACCUACGGGACAAGCGUCCGCAAGGCUUCGAUGCCCGCAGAUUCGCACAGGCUCCUGAAGAAGACAUCUCAGAAAUCUUCUGGCGGUGAUACCUGGCCUCUUCGCUCCGACCGUGGAAAUGCCGCGACCGGGGCCAGCACCGCUGCACCCGCGAGUCACCAGCCCCCACGACCCCAGACGUCUGAUGGGGUUGCUAUAAAUGGCAACGACAAGGCUGGUGCAGCUCCGCCUGCUUUUGAACAUCCCGGUACUCCCCAAAGCCCUCUCAGUGCCGACCAAUCCCCAGCGAACGAUAGCGGCAACUAUGCUUCAGAAGUAACAAUUGAAGCAUCUGGGCGAAAGAAGCGAUUCCAACGGUUCCGCAAGGCUUUUAACCUUCGCGGAUAA